AUGAAGCUCCCCUCUCUCGUCACAGCGAGUCAAUUGACUUUUCCCUUAACAUUUCAAACUGCGUCCCACACAACCAGCAAUACAGCCUCGCUGCUUUCAGCACAAUAUGGCACAACACUCAACGUCGACGUGACGUUCGCCAAUCAGACAUUCAAGCUUCUCGUCGAUACAGGCAGCAGCGACACCUACGUUGUCAGAAAUGACUUCAUUUGCAUCAAUCAAACAACCAACCUUGAGAUCCCUCAAGCGGACUGCCAGCACGUCUCCCCAGGGUACAACGAAUCAGACACCUAUCGUUUGAUCCCCAAUAAAAUAUUCGGCAUACAAUACGGCAAUGGUAUAGCGAGCGGAGUCAUGGCCUACGAAGACAUCACAUUAGCCGGUAUUACUGUCCCCGGACAAGCCGUCGGAAUCGUCGACCACAGCAAUCCCAUGGGCGACGGCAUAAACAGCGGCGUGCUAGGCCUCGCCUAUCCCUCCCUCACCUCCGCACAUCCAGGAGACCAUACCGACAAUACAACAUUUUGGUUCAAUCGUGAAUGCUACAGUCCCUUGUUCAACACCAUGUACGAACAGGGCCUUGUUUCAGAACCCUACUUCAGCAUUGCGCUCGCACACACGCCGCGAAACCUUUCUAUGCCAACCUUCGGCGGGUACCUCACUUUGGGCGAUCUACCGCCGGUGGCGUAUGAUCCGAAAUUUGCCAGUGUUCCCGUAGAAAUUUUGGAAAACAUUCCGCCCGGUUUCACCUCUGGCAAGCGCACUCGAUCAUAUUGGGCUUUUACCGUGUCUGCUGUGACAUUUGGAUCCACAACAAAAGUGGAUCUCACCACGAGCACGACCUCCAUAACUACCAACAGCAUGGAGUUCCAGGUAUUUACAGAUACCGGGAACGACUACAGCUAUCUGCCUGCUGUGGUUGCGGAUCCCAUCAAUGCCUUGUUCGAUCCGCCAGCUAUCUACAAUGAGACGCUGGGAGUUGCUGUCGUCAAUUGUAAUGCACAGCCACCGAUGUUUGGAGUACAAAUUGGAGACCAGACAUUUUAUCACGAUGGACAGGAUCUCAUUUAUCAGACCGGUGAUGGGUACUGUGUCUCAAGUUUAGUGGCGUCGGAGCGUGUGGCGUUUGAGGGCAUCAUGUUAAACAUUCUGGGUGUGCCGUUUUUGAAGAAUGUGGUGUCCGUUUACGAUUUCGGUAGAAAUGAGUUGCGAUUUGCGCAGAGGUCGGAUUAA